AUAACAAAACAUUAAGAGACAAUUAGAGAAUGGGCCAACAAUGGUUCGAAUUACAUUGCUGGUUACGCUGUGAGACAAUGUCUCGGAAUGCGUAUCAAAAAGCGAGAACAAUCCGAAAUAAUUCCGAUAUACGAUUCAAAACAAUUUUUUGGACAUGUCUAGUAAUUACUACAUAGCAUUAAUGUGUAAUGAACUACUUUUUCUGUCAAAUAUGUUGUAUAACAUGAUGUUUUGAUGCUUAAUUUGUAAAAUCAUAACCUAUUUUGAUGUUUAAUAGGCUUUUUCUUAAUCUCUCAUUAUCCAACAUAUUCGCUUAUCCAACAUUCUGCUGGCCUAUUUAUGUUGGAUAAGUGAGACUCUACUGUAUAUAGAAAACUGAAUGAGCUUUUGCAAGGAUCAACCCCAAGGUUCAGGUAGAUGUAUGUGUAAAGAAAGAAAGGGUCCACAUGCAGGUGUGUUGCAUGGGUUAAUAGGUGCAAGUGAUUUCUCUUGCUGCAAUCAACAGGAUAUAACUGCAGAGGUUUGAGUAUACCAUUUGGAGCUCUUUCCAAACUGCUGUUGAGGGUGUUUCAGCCAGAGCGGUCCUGGGCCUCCUUAAAAUGCAAACCCCAGAAUUUGAUGGGAGGCAGUCAAAAGAUUUAAAGUGGAAUUGUGGUGAGAUUAAAGGCAAAUGCUUUUAAUCAAUAAAAAUAUAGUUGCAGUUUUCCUAAAUCCCUAGUGCUUUAAUUUUAAAAAGAAAUGUUCUUGAUCUAGAAAGUUUUCCUCCAACAUAUUCCUUCUUUGUCACGUGCUGGCAUUGGCAUGCUGAGUGAAUCAUUUACAGGAAAUGCUCUGUCAGGAAAUGCAAAGGAAACUGAAAGUAACCGUUGUUCUUUGUGAAAGAGGCAUGGCUGAUCUUUUUGCUGUUUGGGAUCCCAUGGAGGAUCUCCUGGAGGAAGCCACUUGUCCUAUUUGCCUGGAGUAUUUCAAGGAUCCGGUGACCUUGGAAUGUGGACACAACUUCUGCAGAGCCUGCCUGACCCAAUGCUGGGAGAAGCCAGAGGACACAGAAACCUCCUGCCCUCUCUGCCGGGAAAAAGUUCCGCAACGGAAGCUCAGGACAAACAAACAGCUAGCAGAAAUAAUAAAGAAACUCAGUCUGCAGGGAUCCAGAAGGGGAAAGGGCCAGGAGAGAUUCUGUGGGAUACACCAGGAGCCCCUGAAGCUGUUCUGCAAAGAUGAUGAGGCCUCCAUCUGUGUGGUGUGUGACAGAUCCAAGGAGCACAGAAAUCAUGCAGUGAUUCCUAUGGUGGAGGCUGCUCAAGAUUACAAGGAGUUGAUGAUUAUUCGUCAGGAUGAUCUGGAGAAGAAGAAAGAGAAUAUUUUGUUAUAUAAAACAAAGACAGAAAAGGAAGUUCAAGACCUUCUUAAGCAGAAAAAAGCAGAGAUGAAAGAAACCUUAGAAGAAAUCACACAACUACGCCUGAUUCUAGAAAAACAAGAGAAACAUCUCAGGGCCCAGAUGGAAGAACUGGAGAAGCAGAUUACAAGAGAAAGGGAUGAACGCUCAGUCUUAUUUUCCGAGGAAGUUUCCUCUCUGGAAAGUCUAAUUCAGGAGAUGAAAGAGAAAUCUCAGCAGCCACCAGCUGAACUCCUGCAGGAUGUGAAAAGUCUAAUGCUGAGGUUUGAGGAGAAGCAAACAUUCGAGAAGCCAGUGGCUUUUCCUCCGAAGCUGAAAUGGAAGAUCUGGGAGUUUUGUGAUCUAAAUUCCUUUGUAACUGCUGCCAUGAAGCCAUCCCGAGAUGUUGGCAUGCUGAGCAAAUCAUUUACAGAAAAUGUUCUGCAAGUAAAUGCAAAGGAAAGUGACAUUAAGUGUGCUCUUUGUAAGUCAGACAUGGCUGCUGCUCCAAGGGCACAGGAUCCCUUUCAGGAUCUUUGUAAAGAAGCUACUUGUUCUGUUUGCCUGGAUUAUUUCAAGGAUCCUGUGACCUUAGACUGUGGGCACAACUUCUGCAGAGCCUGCCUGACCCAGUGCUGGGCGAAGCCGGACAACGCACAGAACUCCUGCCCUCAUUGCAGAGAAAUCAGUUCACUAAAGAACCUCAGGACAAAUCAGUUACUAGCCAACUUUGUAGAAAUCACCAAGAAACUCAGCCUUCAGAGACCCAAGAAGGCAAAAGGCAAGGAGAAAGUCUGUGAAAAACACCAGGAGCCCCUCAAUCAUUUCUGUACAGAUGAUGAAACCUUAGUUUGUGUGGUUUGCAGCAGAUCCAACGAGCAUGUAAAUCAUAGGAUGAUUCCUCUGGGGACGGCUGCUCAAAAGUACAAGGUUUCUCUGAAGGUUUUGAUGGGUCUUCGUCAGGAUGAUCUGGUGAAAGAGAGAGAAAAGAUUCUGGUAUAUAAAGCAGAGACAGAAAAGGAAGCCCAAGACCUGCUUAAGCAGACAAAAGCAAAAACUGAAAAAGCCUUAGAAGAAAUCACAGAAAUGCAGCAGUUUCUGAAGAAACAAGAGAAACAUCUCCGGGCCCAGAUGAAGGAUCUGGAGAGGCAGAUUGCAAGGAAAAGAGAUGAACACUUGGUCUUACUUUCCUGGGAACUUUCCUCUCUGGAAAGUCUCAUCCAGGAGAUGAAAGAGAAAUGUCAGCAGCCACCAGCAGAACUGCUGCAGGAUGUGAGGAACCUCUGGCAGAGGUGUGAAGCAAGAAAGGAGUUCAGGAAACCUGAUGUAUUUCCUCCUGAGCUGAAGUGGAAGAUCUGGGACUAUGGAGAUAUAGCUCUGUUUCUGGAAGUUACCAUGAAGCAAGUCAGAGAUGAGCUAAUAUCUGGACUUACACUUCAGAAAGCAAAUGUAACUCUGGAUCCAGACACAGCUCAUGACCAUCUUAUCCUGUCUGAGGAUCGUAAAAGUGUAACAUAUGAAAACACAUCUCAAAACCUGCCAGACAAACCAAAGAGGUUCAAGAAAACUUCUUCUGUCCUGGGAUGUGAUGGAUUUACAUCAGGAAGACAUUUCUGGGAAAUCUGUGUGGGAGAAGAGGAGCAGUGGCUGGCAGGGGUUGCCAGAAAGACUAUGGAGAGAAAUUAUCUCAUUGUCUAUGGGCCUGAGGGGGGAAUCUGGGCUAUAGGGAAGUGGGGAAAUACAUAUAGAGUUACUAACAAUAAUCAGUCUGUGUCUCUGAAUAGUGAGCUCAAAAGGGUUCGAGUGUCUCUGAAUUAUGCUGGAGGUCAAGUGGCCUUUUAUGAUGCUGAUACAGGAGACCAUCUCUAUUCAUUCUCUGGGGCUUCAUUCACAGGAGAGACACUUCUUCCUUUUUUUAAUGUGAGCCAAAAAGGACAUCUGAGAAUUUCUUCUGCAAAGGAAAGUGAAAACAACAGUGUUCUCUGUAAGUCAGACAUGGCUGCUGCUCCAAGGGCACAGGAUCCCUUGCAGGAUCUUUGUGACGAAGCCACUUGUCUUAUUUGUCUGGAUUAUUUAAAGGAUCCUGUGAGCUUGGAAUGUGGGCACAACUUCUGCAGAGCCUGCCUGACCCAGACCUGGAAGAAGUCAGGCAACAUAGAGACCUCCUGCUCUCAUUGCAGAGAACCUGUUUCACAAAAGAACCUCAGGACAAAUCAGCAGCUAGCUAAUCUUGUUGAAAAAGUGAAGAUACUCAGCCUUCAAGGAUCCAAGAAGGCAAAAGGCAAGGAGGGAGUCUGUGAGAAACACCAGGAGCCUCUGAAGUUUUUCUGUAAAGAUGAUGAAACCCCCAUCUGUGAGAUGUGUGACAGGGAGCAUCGAGAUCAUAGAAGGAUUCCUCUGGGGACGGCUGCUCAAGACUACAAGCUUUUGAUACGUCUUCGUCAGGAUGAUCUGGUGAAGAAGAGAGAAAAGAUUCUGGCAUAUAAAACAGAGACAGAAAAGGAAGCCCAAGAGCUGCUUAAGCAGGCAAAAACAAAAAUGGAAACAACCUUAGAAGAAAUCCCAGAAAUACAGCAGUUUCUGGAUAAACAAGAGCAACAUCCCCGGUCCCAGAUGGAGGAGCUGCAGAAGCAGAUUGCACAAAAAAGAGAUGAACACUUGGUCUUACUUUCCCGGGAACUUUCCUCUCUAGAAGGUUUUAUCCAGGAGUUGAAAGAGAAAUGUCAGCAGCCACCAGCAGAACUGCUGCGGGAUGUGAGGAACCUCUUGCAGAGGUGUGAGGAGAAGCAAACAUCUGAGAAGCCAAUGGCUUUCCCUCCAGAGCUGAAAUGGAAGGUCUGGGAGUUUUGUGAUCUAAAUUCCUAUCUCGUUGCUGCCAUGAAGCCAUUCCGAGCUGCUUUCCUAGAUGCUCUGUUACCUGGACUAGAGCUUCAGAAAGCAAAUGUCACUUUGGAUCCAAACACAGCGGGCACCUGGCUCAUCCUGUCUGAGGAUCAAAAAAGUGUGAGAUUCGGAGACGAGCCUCAAGACCUGCUUGACAAUCCUGAGAGAUUCAGUGACCGAGCAUAUGUGUUGGGACAAGAGGGAUUCACAUCUGGCAGGCAUUUCUGGGAUGUUGUUGUGGGAGAGGAAGGAGACUGGGCUGUGGGGGUGGCCAGAGAGUCUGUUAGGAGAAAAGGCCUUGUUAACAUUGAUCCUGAGGAAGGGAUCUGGGUCGUGAGCAAGUGGAGAGGUAAGUAUCAUGCUACCAGUUGGCCGUCUAGUACUGAUUUCCUGCUGAGUGAAAAGACCAAGCGGGUCCGAGUCUGUCUGAACUACGCUGCAAACCAGGUGGCCUUUUAUGAUGCUGAUACGGGAGACCAGAUCUGCCUACUUUCAGAAGUCCCAUUCUCAGGAGAGACUGUCUUCCCAUUCUUUCAUGUGCAUAAAAAAGGCCACCUCAGAAUCUCACCUUAGAGCAGGCAAGCCUCUUUCAUGGGACUUGUUCUCUAAACCUGGAUUAUAAUAAGGAGUUUAUUAAACUCUUCUUGAAAAGUGUUUUAAAGUGAACAAUUAAAAAAUGUUUUUAAUUUUUGUAAAUUGUAUAGAACUCUCUCUAUAUUUUUAAUUGUGUGUAUGUGUGUGUAUUUGUUUGUUAAAUAAUUCUUUAUUAUCCAAAAUUUUAUAAAGAGAUUAAAAAAGAAGUGAAACGCUUAGGGUGGUGUGAGGGUAGGUGAGUUGGGGCUGGGGGGAAUUGUCUGGAGGGGAAGGUGAGGGAUUGAAGGGAAUUAAAAUAGGGUUUGGGAGGGUUUUCUUUAUGACUUCUAAUUUAUCCUUCUGAGUAAAGAGUCUAUUUUGUAAUUUAUUCUUGUCGACCACUCCAUAUUUAUGUUUACCAAUCAGUUUUACUCGAGUUUAGAUAUUUUUUUACUCCAGUCCAAUCUAUUGCUUUCCUUGGUUUCUCUUUGUGUAUCAUUAAAUAGUAGGUUAAAUUGUCCAUAUUCAUUAUAUCUAUUUUAUUUACAUUUAUUUACAGUAUUUAUAUUCCGCCCUUCUCACCCCGAAGGGGACUCAGGGCGGAUUACAAUGAACACAUAUAUGGCAAACAUUCAAUGCCAACAGACAAACAACAUUCAGUUUUAGACAGACACAGAGGAAUUUUUUAACAUCUUUCCAGCUUCACGGUUCCGGCCACAGGGGGAGCUGUUGCUUCACCGUCCAUUGGUGGCUGUUCUUCCUCUUCUUUUCCUCGUGAGCAGUUUUUUUAUGGUGUUGUAGAUUAGUUAAAUUAGCCUCCCGCAUAAAGCGUCCCUAAAUUUUCCUACUUGACAGAUGCAACUGUCUUUCGGGGCUGCUAGGUCAACAGCAAGCCGGGGCUAUUUUUUUUUUAUGGUCGGAGGCUUAACCCGACUCGGGCUUCGAACUCAUGACCUCUCGGUCAGUAGUCAUAUAUAUAGCAGCAGGUUACUAGCCAGCUGCGCCACAGCCCGGCCCCUAGUAUUUUGGAUGGCCAUUCUUCUUUAGUGGGAAUGUCUUUGGUUUUCCAUUUCCUCGCGAAGAUGGUCAGAUGAGUAAAUAUAAUUUCUUGAUUUCUGUCAAAUUUCAUGUCUGUUAAUCCUAAUAAAUAAUAUUCUGGUUUCA